UGAACAGUUGGGUUGCUAGGCUUCCCUACUCCUUCGAGAAGCCUGGCUGAUUUCUGCUGCUUCUUUUGGACCUUGACUCACUUGCCUUGGAAAUGGACCCCAACUGCUCCUGUGCCACUGGCACCUCCUGCACGUGCUCCAGCUCCUGCAGCUGCCAGGACUGCAAGUGCACUUCCUGCAAGAAGAGCUGCUGCUCCUGCUGCCCAGUCGGCUGCUCCAAGUGUGCCCAGGGCUGUGUCUGUAAAGGGGCAUCUGACACCUGCACCUGCUGUGCCCAAUGUGGGGACAGUGCUGCUCCCAUGUGUAAACACAGUGACACUUGUACAAACCCAGAUUUGUUUUUCAUACAACUCUGACC